GUUACAUACGGCACAGCUUUUCGGACUGUCUGAUUGCUUGUCAAAAAGUUUGGUUUCUCAAAGCAAGUGAUUGUUCAAACUAUUAAUUUAAAUGUAUUCGUAAAUAAAAUUACCUUGCAAUAAUGACUCGGAAUUUUGUAAUUGGGGCUGUGAUAGCUGUGCUAUCACUAGGUGUUACUACAGUUAUUGCUGAUUGUAUGAUACCAUUAGUGCUGAGGAACACUUGGUUUUCCUUCGAAAAUGGCAAGCAAACUAUUACAGAUAUCAAUGCAAGUGAAAUGACUGGAAGGGGUGUAUGCGUGGACAUUAAGGCUGAAUACAGGGUGAACUAUACAAUGGUAUUUUCAUACACAAAAUGUUAUUACUGUGUCAAGCUGAUUGUGAGGACAGUAAAUGUGUUAGAGAAGAUUGAAUCUCCUUGUGUGAACUUGGGCCCUGAUGAGCAGCCUACUGUCGAUAGAGUGUGUCGAGGUCUAAAUCCUGAUCAGCAGGGACUGAUCACAUUGUUCUCUGAAAAUUAUGUGCCUGUCAAUUGCCGUUCAUCUCUAGAAGGAGUUUGGCAGUUUGCAUAUCAGAAUAGGUUCCGAUUCACAGGAGAAUGCAACCACCCUGAUGCACAGAUCAAAUCUUGUCAAACCGCAGGAACACAGUUCUUGAUAACCAAUCAGAAGUUUAACAUUACUUAUAGGAAAUGUGCUGGAAUGUCCAACACUUUUGAUGGUGUUGUGGAGUAUAGUUGCUUGGGUCAUUGGUUUGUCAACAAAAAUCACUUCUUUGCUGUUGCAAACACAAAGGAAUCCCGUAAAGAUGAGAGGUACCGCUGUUUCCUCAAGAACAGAGAUGAUGAUCUGUACAUUGGGGCCUCUAUUACACCAGAAUGUAACACAUUGAAGACUGUUGAGAAGUCCCCUGAGAGAUAUAGAGUUACACCUGUUAAGGCUGAAGUGGUAGAACCAGGUUGUCGCUUACCACAAAACUUCUCUGGAGAAUGGAUCAACACUGCCAAUAUUGAUGCAGACGUAUUCAUCAAUGAAACUCACAUUAUAGAGACUUACUACCCUGACGAAGGAAGAUUCAGAAGAACUAUUUAUGUCUGCAGGGAGCAGCGUGACAGUAGAGUGAUGAUGGCUCGCCUCACAGUUGAUGGUUGUCAAAAGGAUUAUGUGUGCUUUGACUUUGUACCACAACAUCAUAAUAUUAUAAGAUACCGAAAAGGUUUAGCCAUGAUCCAGAGUAACUUCCACACAGUAUGCUCUUGGGUCCAGUUCCCCAAUAAACAAGAAUGGCGAUACGAUAUCUUUCUUAAAAAGGAUCCAUCGCCAAUUCGUUGCCCAGUCGCAGGCAAAUUCAAUUUCACACAAAAAGGUGAUGUUAGAUUCGAAACAAGGAUUUUGGGAGGUGUUACUUUAAGUCCGAGACCAAACUUGUACUGCAAACUAAAUAUCAGUGAUUUCUCAGUUUGUGAUAUUGAUCAGAAAACUAUACAAAUUAAGGAAAAUUACUGUCUAUCUGUGGACUACUUGGGUAGACCAGUUGAUAUCUACAGUGAUCCCGAUUACAGAAUGAAAUGCAUAGGAUUUUGGAAGGAGAAUUUGAAGUCCUAUCUGAUUACUUAUGACGAACUUGACCCUUUUUCGAAGUAUAGAUGUUGGGUGUAUCAGCGGGCCGAUCUUAACCGAGUACUGAUGUCUCAAGCUUUAGGCCCAUACUGUGAUUUGAAGCAGGAUGUGACAUCGUGGAAUUACACUGAAGGCGCAGCUGUCGCCGUUGAGAUGGAAGAAUACGAGAGAGAACGCGACCAGUGCCCUAUGCACUUCGACGAUGGCAGCGACCCUUGGUCUACAAAAGAAAACUAUAUCAAAGUGUUCAGUUUCUCAUUUUGGGGCAGUAAUUCUGCACAAACAAUUGUAAUUAAUUCUGCUGUGUUAUUUAUGGUAGCUUUAUUUACAUUAAUACUGUAAUUAAUAAGUACAUAGACUGAUGUAGAUUACAAAUAGGUUGUCCAUAUUGUUUGUGUCUUGACCUCAUUUUCAUGAGAAGUGAUGAUCCAUUGCUUUGAUCUGAUCUGUUGUAGAAAAGCUUCUUAAUUUUAAUAUUGAACCUGAUUUUAUUUUAUAUUUUUAAUUCUAUUGCUAAGAGAGCAGCUAUAUUUUUUUCUAGUUGCAAUGUUCAGUGAACUAUUCCGUCCAAUUUUGUUCCAGUGCCGUUUUUGUACUCUUUGAUAAAUAAUGAUGAAUCUAAGAAGAAUCCAUGUGCCUUGUAUAAGUUGUAGAUGUUUUUGGGCACUGUUACAUGUUUGUGUUAGAUCUGACUGUAAUUUCGAAUUCUUGUACUCUUGUUUUUUUGAGAUAGUAAUUUAACAUCAUCAAGAAAUGUUUAAGAUUAAUCUCAGUGCUAUGUAUCUCAUGUUUACAAAUACUUUUGGUUUGUUACAAUCAGUACUUUAUAGUACCUAAUACUAAUGCAUUUAGUGCCUUAAGAUUAAUAAUUUUAUGUAUGUAAAUAUCUAGUUGUAUGUAUUGUCCAAUUCAUGAUGACAUCUAAUUAAUACGUUUUAAGUUAAAGUAUAAAUAAUUUUAUAUCUCUUAUUGUUUGUAUCAGUAACAUGUCGUUACCUCUCUGUAAUAAAGUCCGUCCAAAAGAAGAAAUUAGAAUACACAUUUUUAUAUUUUUAUUUAGACAUCUAAAUAAAGUGUUAUAACUAAA